CUGAAGGUGAAUCCAACACAGACACAGAAAGAGAGAGAGCGAUACUUUUUACUCAAGUCCCUUCUUCAUCACCUCACCUCAGCUGACAAGAGGAGCCCCAAACUUUGCCGCUGACGCGCAAGCAGAGGGAGAAAGUCGCUGAGAGGCGUCAGGAUUUCCCAGAACCCAACAGGCUAUGGACCGGAGGAUGAACCUGAACGGCGGCGCGGCAGGGGACAUUUUUCAUAAAACUCUCAGCGCCGUGUCGGGCAAAAAAAUGGACCCGUUCAGAACCUCUGCCAGCAUGGAGCUGCCACCCAGAGACCGCCAGUCCCCUAUCGGCUGCUUUGAUCAAGUUGAUCCGGACCCGAUCCAACCCGGAGGACUCGCUGGAACCAGGGGCGGCACUCUAGGUCUUCCGACCGGAUCCUUGUGCGUUAAGUACGGGGAGAGUGCCAACAGGACCUCGGCGGCUGAGAGCAGCGGUGGAGAGCAGAGCCCCGACGAUGACAGCGACGGGCGGUGCGACAUGGUCCUCCUGACAGAUGUACGAACAGCAGCCGGGGGGAAAGCAGAAGGAGGAGGUAAGAAAACCAAAGAGCAGAAAAUGCUGCGGCUCAACAUCAACGCCAGGGAGAGACGGCGGAUGCACGACCUGAACGACGCGCUGGAUGAGCUCCGAGCGGUCAUCCCCUACGCGCACAGCCCGUCUGUGCGUAAACUCUCCAAAAUCGCCACCCUGCUGUUGGCAAAGAACUACAUCCUGAUGCAGGCGCAGGCACUGGAGGAGAUGAGGAGACUGGUCGCGUACCUGAACCAGGGGCAGGCCAUCUCCGCGGCUUCCAUACCGGCCACCACUGCGCUGGCAGCUCCUCCACCCGGUCUGGGCGCAUACGAUCAGGCGCCCGGAUACCCGUUCCCCGCCGGGGUGGCUGCGUCUUCCUGCCCUGACAAAUGCGCCCUGUUCAACAACGCCGCGUCCAGCCUCUGCAAACAGUGCACUGACAAGCCUUAAAACUGAUAACAAAGACUACAAAGAAGCACACAAGAAAGAAAAAAAAAAAACAUGAAUGAUGAUCGAGUAGAGACAAAAAGUAAUUUUUUUAUAAUAUUUACUAAACGCAUUAAAACUCGCUUGUUUUUUUCUGUCAAAACAACACUUGAUUGUGUACAUAAGUCAUCUUUAAAGUGCUGGUGUGACUGGAGGCCAGACAGAAGCCGAAUUAAAGGCCUUUGCUCUGUGAUGGACCCUCUGUGGAGAUGAUCUGACCAAACGGGCGCGACUUUUACUUUCCCGGAGCGCAACAGCACCCACCUCACUCUGCUGCUUUCCAUGUGUUUACUUUAACUUCUAAACCACGGGCCCAUUUUUUAAAGAACUUUUCUAGUGAAUGUUGCGGAUGAGGGGAUUUAAAUAAUCCAGACAACAAAUGAUCCACUGGCCUAUAUCUAUUUGGCUGAAAUGGCUUUCUCAAUCGAUUAAUAAUAAUUAAAAAGAAGGUAAAAGAAUACAUUUAAGUCUACAAGGUGUUUAAAUGUGUCUUUGUGAUUUUUUAAUUUGGAGUAUUUAUGAUAUUUAUGCUUGCAUUGCAUAUUUAUUUCGAGGUGGAUGUUUUUUCUGCUCUUUUUCAUGAUUUUCGUUCAGAUUAUUCGCGCUGUCAGGUCAGGCUUUAAUUUAUUCUUGUAGAUACUUUCGUUGUUAUCAGAGCAAAGAGGGCCGUUUGUAUGUAUUUGAGUGUGGAAAAGCUUUAUUAAAAUAUUUUGAACAACA